AUGCAAGAGCCGACUAAAAAUGACAUGUCUUUCAGACGGACUGCUUCAGUGGAGCCCAAAGCAGCUGCUAACUUUAACCAGUUCCUUCCAAGUAAAACAAAACCGUUAAGUUACAUGCCAGCACCCCUGAGGAAGAAGAAAGUAGAUAAGAAUGAGGACAACAGGAGGAGCUGGGCGAACCCGAUCUUCACCGAGCCUGAUGGGACAUUUUCCAGUUCAGAUUCUGAGGAUGAUGGGAAGUUACCCGAUUUGGUACUUGAUGAUUUAGCGCAAAGAAAGUUUCGCAUAAAUGCCAAGCCAGCUGCAACUUCCACUCUCCACGCAUCAUUCAAUAUAGACUCUGUGAAACCUUUCAGCCAAGACCAAGGAUUGGUUCCGAAGAGCCAAAAUGGCCAAAAAAGUCAUUUAGUUUAUGACAGAUUAUCUUCAGAUGAAGAUGAAGAAUUUCAAAGAGAACUUCCAAAUAUUAUCAAGGAUGACCUCUAUGCUAGAAAAGUCAGUCUACCUCCACAUCAGUUGAAAGAUGGGGCAUUUCUGCACAAAUCUGAACAAAUGAAGGAUCAAGUUCAGAAAAUAAUGCGGACUAGAACUCCUCGUCAUUGGUACAAUGAAUUUCAGGGAUUCAGUAAGCGAGCCAUGGAUGACAGUGAAUGGGCAUCUGAUAUUGCAUCAGUUUUAAAAGCUUAAAACCUGAUGUGCUGCAAGAUAAGGAAUUUGAAGUCCGAUCAGACGUCAUCAAUAACAGUAGAGAAGGCAAGAAAACGGAUCCAUCAGAAAAGCCAAGUCAAUUUUUAAUACUUCAGGCACUUCAGAAAAUAACUUCUGAUUUGAUGUCUUCGGAAAAUAAAGCAAAAAUUGACCCUACAUCUGGCCCUAGACUAAUACACUCCCUUUCACUAUCAACAAAUACUCAGUCAGAACAUGGUGUAUAUACAAUGCCAGAUCUAGAAAAUGAUGAUUUGUUUGCACGUAAAACUGGAACAUUUCACCUCAAUCAAGUAAUCAAUCUUGGAACCCCUUUGGCUCAAGUACUGGAAAUUGAAAAAGACAUUGUACUACAAAAUAAUAAAGAAACCGAAGAACUUCCUGAUUUGGUAAAAGAUGACAUGAUUACGCGUAGAGGUCAGUUGGAACCCAAAGAAGUUCAUCUCUCAGGUGCACCAGAAAUUUACAAUGCAGUCCCAUUUCCAGAUCCUUUGACCCUUCCUGAAGAAAUACAGUUGAAAUUCCUCUGUUUGGUAAAGAAACCCACAGGACCUGAAAAGGCCGAUAACCAAGGAAGAGUGCUUAAUCCUUCUGAAAAACUCAGGAAAGAUGAUAUGUUGACUCGAAAAGUUCAGUUGUGUCAGUCAUCUCUGGCAUCAAGGCCAAAACAAUUCAUCUAUGGCCCUUGCAGUGAGGAAGACAUAAAAAAGUGGGAAUCCAUUAGAGAGGCUAGCAAAACAAGACACAAGAAGCACCAAUUGGUGGAAAGACUGCGGGAAAAACUUUCCGUUGACAGUGGGAGUAAAUCGCUUGAAAACUGCAAUGCAGAAGAACUUCAAAGUCAGAGAAAAGUUCGCUAUGAAGAAAUGCAAAAAAUAAAAGGCCAGUUACAGGAGCAAGAUCAAAAGUGGCAAGAUGACCUGGUAAAAUGGAAAAAUCGCAGGAAAAGCUUCACAUCGGAUCUUCAGAAGAAGAAGGAGGAAAGAGAAGAAAUUGAAAAGAUUACAAAUGAACCCCCAGAAAGGACUUAUAAGACCUUCAAAGAAAUGCGUGAAGAAAGGGAGAAUAGAGAGAAUGACAAUUACAACAAUGAGCAGCAAAAAUCAGAGCUCAAGCGACUAUAUUCUUCAAAUGAUGAUGUUUUCGGUGAAUCAACUGUACCAUCCAAACCAGCACUAGAAAAGAGUUACACCAUUGACAUCCCAUACACAAGGAAUGCAAACAUUUCCUUCUAUACCAUGCAAAAUUCUCAUAAACCGAACGAAAAUUUAAUGCAAUUUGAUGAUGAACCCAGUUCUGAUGUUGAUGCUGCGCCUCAAAACAAGGUUCUUAGUGAUGUCAGUGUGCAAAGCUCUCAUAAGGAGAUAAAGCCCCUGGGCAAGACAAUGUCUGUUGAUGUUUACACCCCUUACGCUGGUAGCACUACCUACUCAUCAAAGAGUUAUCUAAAGCAAGAAAACUCAUUGCCCACUGAAACCAGUAGUGUGCAAAGCCAGUACUUUUCAUCCAGUUCCUUGAACACGGAAAGCAAGCCCAGCGGAAUUUCUUCUUCACUACCAAGGGGUUUCCAGAAAACGGACACUAAACGACUCUCAUCUGUGGUUACACCAAGGCCUUUUGGAUCCCAAUCUAAAGGAAUUACUCCUCUAACCAAAUCAUACACCUUGGAUGAUACACGAAGGUAUAAUGGUUCAACUUUCACCUCCAAUUACAAGACAGAGAUAGAUAAACCCAGCAGUGCAUUCCAUAGUGAGGAAGAUGAGACUCGAAGUGGAGAUGAUGAGAAGAAAGAAGUGAGCCAAAGUAUUUCAUCCAAAACAUUUGAUUUGAAGCCAGGGAAGACUUCUGUGUCUCAGACUGUUAACAUCAAUUCUUCUAGUGCUUUGGACCAGUACAGCGACAUGAGAAUCAGCAUCAACCAGAAGCCUGGAAGAAGCAAUGACUUUGGGUUUAAAACCACCUGGAAUAGUGCUGGGGUUUUCGUAACCUCCGUAGAUGCAGGCAGCCCAGCAGAAUUUUCUCAACUGCAGGUAGAUGAUGAAAUUCUAUCCCUCAACGGCAUCAAGGUUUCUUCAAUGGACUAUAAUCGGUGGAGGGAGGCAAUGGACAGUGCUCUGGAAACUGGAAACCUAGCAAUAGAUGUCAGGCGAUAUGGCAAGAACGACUGGGGCAGAGAUCCACCUUCCCUGCCGUAUAAAAGCCAUAAAACCCUCAAUCUGACCAGUAUGGAUACCAAACUUGUAGGUUCUCCGGAUAAUAAGUGGAUUGAUGCAAGUUCAAGGGGAAGUAGAUCCCCAAACUCAUCACCAAGAAGCAAAGACAAAGACUCUGGAAAUGUUAAAGAGAUCAAACAAGUGAAUGGUCUGAAAGAUGAUGUUGAUUCUAAGCCAAAAGGAAGUUCAGAUUCUGCUGUGCCAGAUAUGCCGGUUCCAUCACUAAAUGUUUCAACACGAUGGUCGUGGGAUCCUGAAGGUGAAAGAAAGAGGCAGGAAAAAUGGCUUCAAGAACAAGAACAAAUUCUGCAGGAAAAGUACAAGAAAGAACAAGAAAAGCUUAAAGAUGAGUGGGAGCAAGCUCAGCAAGAAAGAGCAGAGAAAGGAAAAUCUCAACAGAUCAAUCAGGAGGAAACAAUCCUGAAAUUCAACACUUCUGUAACUUCACAUGUGCCUUCAUACAAGAAAUCAGAAGGAUCUGAAGCAUCUAAUUUACUGAGCAGUGAAGAUGACCAUAGAGAACAACAGAGGAGACAGAAAGCGGAACGUGAGAGAAAGAGAAAAGAAGAAGAAGAAAGGAUGAAUCUCUUAGAAGAACAGAGGCGCCGGGCAGAGGAAGAUGCCUUUCGGCGUCAGCAGGAAGAAAUAGAAAGGAAAAGGCAAGAUAAAGAAAGAAGUCAGAAAGAAGAGCAGCAAAGGAGACUAAGGGAAGAGGAAUGGCAGAGGAAGAAAGAUCAAGAAGAGCAGCAGCGGCUGAAAUCUGAGAGUGAGAGAGUAGGAAGAAAUUAUCUCAGAAACAAAUGGACAGACUCCUCAGAUUCAGUUGAUUAUGCAGAUCCAGACCAUGACAGCAACAGAGGUUUUGACACUACAUGGACAGCGGGUGAUUCCCAACAAAGACCAAGCAAGGAAGUCAAUGCAGAGCUGGAAAGGCAGAAAAUAAUUCUAGAAAUGAGGAAGAAAACCAAUCUUAACAAUGACAACAGUUGGAUCAGGCAACGUAGCUCUAGCGUUACAAAAGACACGUCAUCUGUUCCAAAUUUUAUGAGAAGGGGUGAAUCAUUGGAUAAUCUAGACUUCAACUCCCAAAGACAAUCAUCUUGGACAAAUCAUUCAUCAUCAUACAACGCUUUGUCAUCCAGUCAAGAUUUUAGUCGUCCUUCUCAAGUGGUUUCCACAUCUAACCGCACUUACCUACGUGACCUAUCUUCCAGUCUCCCAGGGUCUGUGCGAAGUGCAUCCCUUUCCCAGACAUCUAUGUCCUCUACUUUACCUCAAAAUCAAACUACAACACAGACAUCUGGUCAGCAGCGCAGCAAGUCAGUGAGCGGGAAGAAAUUGUGCUCUUACUGUAAUAACAGUUUGGGCAAAGGAGCUGCCAUGAUCAUCGAAUCUCUUGGUCUUUGUUUUCAUUUACAUUGUUUUAAGUGUUUUGCUUGUGAAACCGACCUUGGAGGAUCCCAGUCUGGAGCAGAAGUUAGAAUCCGGAACAAUGAUUUGUAUUGCAACAGCUGCUACAUUAAAUUUAAAUAGCUGGGCAGCCCACCUCCAUGUGA